AUGGAAUUGAAACAUCUCAUCGUCGGCUUGGCGAUCGCCUUCGUCAGCUACAUUGUAUUUGAGUGGCAGCGACCAAAGACUGGCGUUCAAGAGCCACCUGCUCUUCGCGCAAAGAUCCCAAUCAUCGGGCAUAUCAUUGGAUUUGCUACUGAUGGCCUUCGAUACUUCGGAAAAGCUUGUGAUGGAUCUGAUGAGGCCAUUGUGACGAUCGAUUUUCUUGUUUCGAAAAUCUACCUGGUCAACAAGUCUAGUGCGGUUGCUCAAGUCCAGAGAAACGCAAAGGUCGUUACUUUUGACCCUUUCCUCGACUCUGCGGCGGAGCGCAUGGUCAAUGUCUCGCCCACAGGCCUCAAGCUGCUUACAGGCAAAGAACAUGGAGGUGGUGAUCUGAAUAGGAAGAUUGUAAAAGCAAUGCACCCUGCUCUUCUAGGUCCCGGUCUCGACAUCGCCAACCGAAACAUGAUCAACAAGCUCGUCAAGUCAGUAAACGAGCUCGACUCACUAAACGGCAAGAGUUUCGACCUAUACGCCUGGGCCAAACACGCCAUCACCAUCGCAAGUACCGACGCCGUCUGGGGCGAGCAAAACCCACUCAAAGAUCCCGAGAUCGAAGUAGCAUUCUGGGAUUUCGAAUCACAUCUGCGUCUGUUGAUUGUUAACAUUCUGCCUUCGGUUAUCGCGCGCAAGGCAUAUCUUGGGCGAGAGAAGGUGGUGGCUGCGUUUGUAAAGUACUACAACAAGGGUGGCCACAAGGUAUCUUCGGAACUGGCGCAAGCACGUUGGAAUGUUCAACAUGACAACGGCGCAAGCACUGAAGAUAUUGCUCGCCUGGAAACUGCAACUGUACUCGGCGUGGUAUCGAACACUACACCCGCGUCUUUCUGGAUGCUCUACGAUGUAUACUCGCGUCCAGCCUUAUUGACCCUUCUCCGCGACGAGGUGCGCGAGCAUGCACUCACAAAGAACGAGGCUGGAGAAAUGAUCAUCGAUCUCGCUGCCAUGAGGGACAACUGUCCAAACCUCUUGGCCACUUUCCAGGAAGUCCUCCGUACCCACUCAAACGGUGCACCUACACGCUUUAUUACAGACGAUGUGAUACUGAGCGAGAAGUACCUGCUAAAGAAGGGUCGUGUCCUCAUGAUGCCUGGUAUGAACGUGAACUACGAACCCAGCAUCUGGGGUGACGAUUCCCUGAACUUCGACCCCACCCGCUUCAAGAAGGAGAUCCUCAGACAGCGACCUACCAGCUUCAUGUCCUUCGGCGCCUCCCCAAACCUUUGUCCAGGCCGUCAUUUCGCCUCUGGAGAGAUCCUCGGGAUGGCGGCAAUGAUGCUCCUUCGCUACGAUAUCAUCCCCGAAGGCGGAAAAUGGACCAUGCCCAAAUUCUGGAAGGGUGCCAUUGCUGCUUCCUUACCAUCUCCCGCCGAGCCAUUCAACGUUACAAUUGCGCCUAGGGAAGAGUUUAUCAACACGACGUGGGCGUACGAGUCUACUGAUGGAAAAGGAAAGUUCCCCUUAUCACCGGAUAGCCAAAAAUCUAUGGAUAAAAAACAAGAAAUA